CUAAACUCAAUUUGGGCAGUACACUGGAUUUUUAUUUUGGUGAUAAGACCAGAGAGGAUUUUUCCCCAUAUUUUAACUCCUCCUUUUGACUCUCCCACCCCUACACCUCUUCCUGCGUAUGAUUUGAGGAAGCUUUAUGGUCCAUUGCCGGAGGAUCAAUGCCUUCCUCUGAUUUGGCGUUUGUUUCUUUUAAUUUUUUGCAUUUGGCUGCGUGAAAAAAAAUAAUAGGAAAGCAGAUAACAUAAAAAGGUACACUCGAGAUUUACGAAGGAAGAAAAGGAGAGGGGGUGGGAAGAGAAAGCAGAGGCAAGGAAGAAGGCAAGAUGGCUGCAAACUGAUUUGUGUGUGUGUUAGAUUCGGAUUUAAAUGCUGCGAGAGCCAGCAAGCAGAUUGGAUUCUCGUCUCCCCUGAGUGAUUAUUUUAUAUGCAUGCUCGGAUGUAUCUGGGACUUGGGGAGGAGAGACGAAUAGUUUGGACUUGACAGAAGAGGGUGGUGUUCGACUGCAGCGAAGAAGGGAGAAGAGAGCGAAAAAAAGCCUAAAGGAAGAAAAAGGGGGUGGCUGACGACAAGAAGAAAAUGUGCCAGAAAUAUAAAUGAUUUAAAAUCCUCGGAGAAAGGGGGGAAGAGGGGGGGAAAAAAAGUGAAAUAAGCACCAACUUGGAAAAGAAAGACAUAGGUUUGCUCAAGAUGGCUGUAAACGAGUGCAUGUGUUGGAUUUGAAACCAAAACGCCUCUUUUUUUUCGUUCUAGAAAUCGUGAGACAAGAUUGGAAUUUCCCCUUUAAAUCUCUUAUUUUGGAAGAGAGAGAGAGAGGCUUUCAUGAGCUGGAUGGCAGUGAGGAAGUCAGACAGUUGAGGGCUGUGGAGAAGAAAGGAGGGCGAGAAUAGAGAGGGCGUGUGAGCUGAAAGAGCUUUAUUUGUUGUCGUUUUUUGGCCUGGGGUCGUGCUUGUUUUGUUUCUCCUGCCUACAAACACUUUUUCCCCCUUAUUUUUAAAUGAUAAUCUCGCCCUACCUUUGCUGCUGAGCUCGGGUGGUUGGCCGUUGGGUUUGAAUUAAAAAAAAUAACGACUUUUUUUCCAAGAUGGCUGAAAACUGGAAGAGCUGCUUCGAGGAGGAACUUCUGUGCCCCAUCUGCCUGCAGGUCUUCGUGGAGCCGGUGCAGCUGCCGUGCAAGCACAACUUCUGCCGGGCUUGCAUCGGCGAGGCCUGGGCCAAGGAGUCGGUCAGCCGCUGCCCCGAAUGCAACAACGUUUACCCGCAGAAGCCGGCGCUGGAGAAGAACCUCAAGCUCAGCAACAUCGUGGAGAAGUUCAACACCUUCACGGCCGACGCCGCCGCCGUGGCCGCUGCAGCCGCUUCCUCCGGUGACGGCGGCAACACCGGCGGCGCCGCCAACUCGGCCUCGUCGGCGGCCACCAACUCGGCCUACAGCCCGCUCUGCUGCCGCUACUGCCGCAACUCGCCGGCGCAGAAGGUGUGCCUGCGCUGCGACACCGGCUGCUGCCAGUCGCACGUCGGCGCGCACCUGCAGGCCGCCUCGGUCAGCGGCAGCCACUUGCUAAUCGAGGCCAGGGAUGCGCGGGCCUGGAGCUGCGCUCAGCACGACGCCUACCGGCUGCUGCACUGCGAGACCGACCAGGUGGCUGUGUGCCGUUAUUGUUACUACAUGGGCAGCCACCAUGGCCACAGCAUCUGCGACCUGGAGGUCAGGAGGAACGAGAUACGGCAAAUGCUGAUGAAACAACAGGAGAGACUGUCUGAAAGAGAACAGGAUAUCGAAGAACAAAUAUACAAAUUGAAAACCGAUAAAAGUGUGAUUGAGGAAAAAGUGCAUCAGUUGAAAGAGGAAGUGCGCUUGCAGUAUGAGAAAAUGCGUCAGAUUCUGGAAGAGGAUCUUGGAAAAACUUUGGAACUGAUCGAUAAAACACGGACAAAAUUCUGCGACGAGAAUGCAUCGCAAGUACAUCAGCUAAAUGAGCGAUUGGAAGAAGCAAAAAAAUUAUUGAAUUCAGUCCAAAAAAUGUGGGACAGGACAGAGGAUAUUUCAUUCAUGAAGAAUACAAAAUCAGUAAAAAUUCUACUGGAAAGGACUCAGGCAUGUACAGGAAAUGGGUUGCCCCCACCUAAAUUUGGUCACCUCCAGCCAAAACCUUUCUUGAGUGAAAUUGGUAAGAAGGACAAACACAUCAGAAAGUUGCUUGAAGGAACGAUAAGCACUUCGGUACCAUUUCUGCAGAGCGUCCCUGCAUACACCUGCAACAUUUCCAAUUCCGCUGGAGAAAAACGCAAGCACUCCACUGCUUUCCCAAUGCCCACGACAUCCGGUGUGGACAACGGCUUCCUAGAAGUGACGGCUGGCAAUGUUGCCAGCCAGUUCAUGGGCCAGGGUGGGGCUGUUGUCGAGGGUCAGUCGGCACAGUCCCUAGUGCCGUGCAGUUCUUCCCAGCACAUCGUGGGACUGACCAGCGGCCCACAGCCCGUUCACACGGGGCCAGUCUUCAAUACAACUCACUAUCCCAACAGCACGCCCUCCCAGCAGUCUGUACUUUCCCAGUCUGUCGGCUACGGAGGCCGCAAAAUUCUCGUCUGCUCUGUGGAUAACUGUUUCUGUUCUGGCGUGCCUUCUGUUUCGAACCACAAUGGACACCAGCCAUACAGCAGAUCGGGCACCUUCCCGUGGUCUGUGACGUCGCAGGAAUACGCACACGCUCUUCCGCCUGCUCCCUCGGUACCUCAGUCCCUUAUAUCGUAUGGCAUGGGAUCAGCAUCUCACAACAACACUGCAGGCAAGAUAACUGCAGGCUACAUGACCAACGCUUCACUGAACACUACACCACAAGCUAAUCUUCUAAAUUCUGUCUAUCAUACAUUUUGAACAGUGUGCAUUUUCCUUUUUAAUUUUUCCUCUUUCUCUAAAUGUUAAUUUCAGAUCAUUUGCUUAAAAAAAAGUUAGAAAAUACAUUCCGCACAUGAUGUAAACUUUUUGUGCAAUUGAAUUCCAGUACUGGGUUUAGUGAUCCAUUCACGAAUGGAGACGUUCUGUAUUAAAUGGCUUCCUUUUUUUUUUUUUUGGUUGUUUCUGCCAGGAGUGCCGCAACCAUAACAGAAUUUUUAUAUGAAAACUCUUAGCACUUUUUUGCAGAAGCGUUUAAUAUUAGUUAAUCAUAUAGUGCUCUGGUAUAAUAGCAGCAAUAAAGCAGAGGUACCAUUUGACAGUGAAGCACAAAUUAACGCUGUGGGCAUUGGCAGAGUUUGUCUGACCUGUUGAAUAGGGGGGGUCUGAGGGGAAAUGAUGCCCUGACACUGGAAGUGUUCGCGAUUGUCACACGACGUCAAGUGGACUUGUCUCUGGCAAGUCGUUGUGCGUUAAUUUUAAUAGUUACCCAGUGCUCUUUUACAAUAACUCCUUUGAGUAUGGACUUCCCAUGUGGAAAAGAAAUCAAAGAAGAAAAUAUUUUUUUCUAAAAAAAACAAGUUCAAGGUGGGACGUUGGCUUCCUGGAUAGGGGAAACUACACCCUAAUUAAGCAUGGCAGAUUUGGCCUGUCACUUUAAUCAUAGUUUUUAAAAAAAAAUAAAAAUAAAAUAUCACAAUGGGACUACUACAAUGCAGAUUGUGAAACUGGUCAGGCUGGGUUCCUGACCAGGUAGAAGAGAAGGCAAAUGCUGUCCUGUAAACUAUAUAUUAAUAAAUAAUUGGGAGUAUGCUUAAUGCAUAACAUGGACAUUUCUUAAAUUAGUAUUCUGUAGGAAAAGAAAACUGGAGAAUUGGGAAUCUUGUUUUAUUUCUAGAAAAUGGUGGGGAUAGAGGGUGAUUUACAAUUAUGCUCAAAAUGUUGAUCAGUUUGUCGAACAAACAUCUUUUCUGGCCCAUUGUAUCGAGUGGGCUAUUACAGUGGAACCUCAUUAUUACUAACCCAUGGUGGUCUUAUCGGCUGUGGGAUUGGGGGAGGGGGGGAGGGGAGGGGGGAGGGAUGCUUUGCUUUGCUUUGCUGAGGAUUGAGCUCCAGGUCCGAUUUCAUUCCUUUACCACAGACUGCUGGGAAAAUUGUUCCACCCCCAUUUUAAAUUUUUUAUUAUGUUUGGUUUUCCUUUCUGGGCAAUGUUGGAAGUAGACUAUCCUGUGAAAGGCAAGAAGAAAAUUUUAUUGUGCAAAAGAGAAACAAAAAGAUUAAUUACAAAUGGUGCCAAUGAAUCUGCUGGUCUGCAUGUUAUAACAAAGUUUAUUUCAUUGAGGGAUUGAAUUCCUUAGACUUUUUUUUCAAAAAUCAAAAAUAAAAUGGAGCUUCAGCAGGGGACCUGGGCAAAGUUUAAUGUAACAGAAGGUUUGUUGUAACGAGGUUUGGCUGUAUUUUAACUGUAUGGUGAUGGUCCAUAGAUGUUUGACCAUGGGAGCUCUGUUUUACUUUGUCCCUGCAGAAAAGGGUGAAUGUUAGUGUUUGGAAAAACUCUUGUAAUCAGUAAAAUCGAGAACUGUUGGUAUUUUGUCUUUCUCAAAUACUUAUAGUUACCAGGUUAUGCAGGGUUUAUCUUAACCACCUAUUUCAUGUCACUUUAUCAAUAUCUUCUUUUAAGGCAUUGAAUAAACAUGUAUACAUGCA